AUGACAGACGCUGGGUUCUUCAAGGGUACAAGUGCUGAGCAAGAUGCCAGGUUCGCUGAUAAGAAGAAAAAGUUGAUGAAAACUAUGAAAUUCGGAGAAAACUUGGCUCAAAAGGUUGACAUGUCCAAAAUUAAUUUGGAGUCUAUAAGACCAUGGAUUGUUAAGCGUAUAACAGAGCUUUUAAACUUUGAGGACGAGGUGGUCUGUGACUACAUUUUCAACCAACUGGAGGAGCGCGUCUUUUGGGAUGCACAUCGACAAACAAUGGUGGAACUCAGGUCUCCUGCGACGCACUGA